GAAGAUUCAGAUUGAAAUAAAAGAUUGAAUAUUGAAAUUUGACCAAUUAGGACAAAGAAAUUUUAAAUCCUUAUGCUUUGAUUAAUAAAAUUUCCUCAAUCUUCAAUUUUCAAUUUUCAAUGCGUAGAUGCGUAGUUUGAUACGGGCCUUUUAGGAUCUGUCUAGACGGAUUUGCAUAGUCGCAGUUGUAUAAACAUACGCAUAAGGAAAUUGAUUGGUCCAAUUACUUGUGCAUUUGCUUAUGGUUAAAGUACAAAAUAUAUGUAAAUCGUUAUCAAGUAUGGAUGAAAGUAAUUAUUUGUAGAUCGGAGUGUAAAAAACGCUUAGUGACAAUAUUACUCUGAUAUUAAGUUUGAAGCUCAUGUUUUAUACUUACGACAACCUAUCAAUUUUGUUGGCAUCGCAUCAAUGUGACGGAGUUAUUUUAAUUCCGUAUUUUGGACGACCCUGAUGUAUCGCAUUACAAAUUUGUUCUAUCAUUUCUGCGACAUAGAUCGAAACUAUCAGGAAAACAAUAUAUAAUUACGAGGAUGGGUGAACUUAUAUGUGGAAAAAGAAGAAGUAUUGUAAGAAGAAUAGGUUCCUUUUUACCAUUGAAGCCACCACCAAAAAUAUAUGUCAGUGUAACACCAUUACAUUCAAUGACAAGUUCAAUGAUUAAUGAAGAAACUAGUAACACUUAUGUCGAUACAAAUGGAUAUGGUUCUAUGAGCAGACCAGAUCUAUUGGAGCCAAUUAGUUUUGGAUCCGAAGUAAGAUUACUUGCAUUGGAACAAGAGUUGCAAGAACUUAGAGAACAAAUCUCAACAAUAGUGAAAAAUAAUAAACUAUCUAAGUAUGCAUCUGUUACAUCUUUGCCCAAUGGAGCGGAAAAGGAAAAAUCUUUGUCAAUACCACCACCUCCACCUCCUCUUCCACCACCCACAACACCACAUAUCGCGAGAAGAGCUAGUUUGCAAGAUCAUAAAAUUGAGGAGCGCAAAAAAAGUCCAUUGAGUGCACAGAAAUCGACAAAUGAUAUACUUAAAGAUAUCGACAAUAUAAAAUUGAGACCAAUUGCGAGGUCUCCAGGUGGACAUUCUAUUCGGAUAAAACGUGAAAAUAGUCCAUGCAAUGAUUUGCAGGAAAUUUUACGCAGACGCUACAUCGCAAUGCAAUCUCCCAACAGUAGGAAUUCAUCAGCUAACUUAGCUAUGGACAAUUCGUUUUGAAUAUCAUAUGUGAUAAUACUCUCGAGUAUUUUCAUUGUAUAUACAUAUUUACACAAAAUUUAGAACUUCUAUACAAGCAUCUCUCUUAUGAUGUACAUACAGAAUGUUAAGAAGAAUCACUUAUGUUGAGAGCAAAUAGUAUUGGUCAAUACAAGAAAAAAAAGUUUAGUACAAAUGUGUCCUACAAUUAAUAUUUUCGAAGAUAUUGACUAGCUAUUGUUAAAAUAUGCGAUUUUUUGUUUAACAUCUUGUAUGUAUAUUCUGUUUGAAUUAUUAGUGGCACUUCACAUUAGAUAAUCUAUAAAAAAAAAUCUUAAUCCAAAGAUCAGUUUAUUGCAGCAAUGUGACAUGUGUGAUUUGGAUAAAACUUUUUUUUUACAACGAAAUAAUGAAAUAUAAUUAAUAUAUACAUAAUAUAA